UCAACAUAAAGAAUUAUGAGCUAUCCGCCUCCAAUAACAUUUUUGUAUGCUUUUCACAGACGCAAAAUUAUAGAGAAUCUGCACAUUGAGAAUGGCAUUGAUUAUGAUGUGUUGAGGACGGUUCGCUUGUCUGGCAUCAUAUUAUCCAUCAUUGUACGCAAGGAGCUGCGUCCACACAUUCUCCGCUGUUGCAUCCACAAGGUGACAUGUGGAUUCUUGAAUGCAGUCGGCAACAAGGGCGGCGUUGGUGUCAGUUUCCAAUUAAAUAAUGCAAAUCUAUGCUUCAUUAACUCACAUCUCCCCGCGCAUAUGGAGAAGAUUACGGCGCGCAACGAAGUCUACAAAGCUAUUGAGAAUGACAUGCGAUUCGGGGAAGAGGGUCGACCAUUUCGCACUAUCAGCGAUCAUGACCACAUAUUCUGGUUGGGAGAUCUCAACUAUCGCAUACAGGAGCCGCCUGGAUAUCAGCGCCCGGGGGCGAUGAGUGAUGCGUCAACCUUUGAGCAACUCUUGCAAUACGAUCAGUUACGCAAUGAGAUGCGACAUGAUCGAUGCUUCAGGGGCUACAUGGAGGGUGAUAUCAAAUUUGCACCCACAUACAAAUACGAUGUGGAUACCGAUACGUAUGACACGUCCGAAAAGCAACGAGCUCCAGCAUAUUGUGAUCGCGUAUUGUGGAAGGGUAACCGCAUAGAACAGUUGGACUACAACAGCGUCAUGGAGAUAAGACAGAGCGAUCAUAAGCCCGUCUAUGCCAUAUUUAAAGUGCAGAUUAAGACACGCGACGAGGUUAAAUACAAACGAGUGCAGGAGGAGGUGCUCAAGACUGUGGAUAAGCGUGAAAAUGACAAUCAACCCCAGAUUCAUGCACCAAAGACCGUCAUUGAUUUUGGUCUUGUACGCUUCAAUGAGCACUCAACGCUUGACUUUAAUGUCUACAACAAUUGUUCGCAACAGGUGGACUUUAAGUUUAAAGUGAAGGAUGCACCAAUUAAUGACAUUUGCGAGAAAUGGCUGCGAGUGGAUCCAUGCUCCGAUAGUCUAAUGAUUGACUCGGAACGCAGCAUACAGCUACGCAUGUUGGUCGAUCCAAAUUCCAUAACGGGACUGCUGCGAAAGAUGUGUAUGACCAGGGGUAAAUGCGAUUUUGAUAUACUCAUCUUGCAUGUGGAGUCGGGACGCGACAUUUUCAUCACUGUGACUGGCGAAUAUCAACCGUGUUGCUUUGGCCUUUCCAUGGAGACAAUGUGCCUCACGAAUCGACCUAUUUGCGAAUACAGACAGGAGGAAAUCAAGGAACUGAUGAAUGAUGUGUCGACUGAAUAUCGUGUGACGAUGCCACGGGAGUUCUUUCUACUCAUCGAUUAUCUGCACAAGCAAGGAGAUCGAUUGCGGGGCAUAUUCCAAAGUUACGAUCGCCGGAAGGCACUCAGUGCCAAGUUUAAUGAUGUACGCGAUUGGCUCGACACUUGGUCCGAGGCUGAGUUUCCUGGAACACCAGAAACAGCCGCCGAGGCUUUGCUGUUGCUGCUCGAUUUGCCCGAUCAGGCGCUGUUGGAGCCAUUUGUAGAAGAUCUACUAAUCAGUAAGAGCAAAUCAGAGGCCAUGGAGCUGAUAGCGUUGCUCAGUCCGCCGAAGCGUAAUGUCUUUAUGCAUCUCUGCAUGUUUCUGCGCGAGGGAAUUGAGCGUCACGAUUACGAGCUAUCUAAUGUUGCUUCGAUAUUCGGACGAAUUCUAUUGCGCAGCAGUAAAUGCGCUGUGACGAUAGAUUACGCGAAUCGUUGCAGUGAGUUUAUGCGGCGCUUUAUCUACAUCGAAACUUCUGAUGCAAUCGUGGGUGGCAAUGGACAUGGACCCAUUUUGCAGACAUAGUCGUUGACUCGAUCGGCCUAGACGUGAAAGAAAUUACAUUAUAUACCGACCAUAAUAUGGAUGUAAAUAAGUUGCUUAUUUAUUUUAAUUGUAA